CCAGUCACAGGCCAGGUUUCGUGUAAGCAAUAGUCCAAAUUUGUUGUGAUACAGCCCAUCCAAAAUGUCCAUAGUUCUCGAUGUUGUUCAGCGAAUUGUGCUGCAGAAGGCCUAUGACUUAACCUGUGAAGCAGCCAUUUGUGCCCUGAGGAGGUGCACCUACCCAAAGCAUGUGAAGGGCGGCAACCACAAACUGUUGAAGCCCGGGCCUCCUCCCAAGGCGAUCUCCUCCAGCCCGCCGGAGCUGGUGGCUACUCCACUAGUUAAACCCAAGGCGCCACCGAUUCGGAAAGUCAUCAAAUACGAAGGGCGCGACAUGCCCCGAACGAACAGCGGCUUGAUAGACCCUCCGCAGUGCUCCUGCAUGCGCAUCUGCCGGGACAGCUACUUCUCGUAGAGGAAUGCCGGAGCCGACUCCGAGUAGAUUAAAAACAAUUGCAACUUUAAUAGAAUUGGAAAAAGGACAGGUUCAAGGAGCACAUCUCAUUCCACUCCAUCAAAUGUAACACUAAUAACAGGUUUCCGAGCUUGGUAGCAACUAA